GUUGAAGAAGAGAAUAGGAGUGGGAGAUGUAUCCCACGUCACUAUCACGGAAAUUUAAUCCCCUGGUUACAUCAGACCUCCAUAUGUCCUCAGGGGUUCCCUGAUCCUACUCUAUAUCUUGAGCGAAGCUAUUGAAGAUUAUGAGCCAUACGCGCAAAACUACUAGUGCUUUCUUAAAGUAACAGAAAAUUUUAAGCUUGCUGUAAUUUUGUUUUCCCUUGGGACGCCAUGGCAACUGUGAAGUAUGCAGGGGAACAUUUACCAGAUGGGUGGGGUGUGAAGGCAUUUGGCAAUACAAAAAUGGAGGUGGUACCAAAAGUAGUGUGUGUCACCAAUGGCACUUCGUAUUUGGGGCUCUGGAUUGCUGUUCACUUGCUCAGGCGAGGAUACAUCGUUCGUCUUACUGUGGACAACCCAGAGGAGUUGCAGAAAUUGAAGGAGAUGGAGGAAUUUGAAAUGCAUUCGAACAGAGUGAUGGUAGUGGUGGGUAGUGUAAGUGUUGAAGAAGCUUCCACGCUCUCUGAAAUGUUUGAUGGCUGUUAUGGAGUGUUCCAUACAUCCUCUUUUGUUGAUCCUUACUGUGUAUCUGGUUUCACUGAGCACAUGGCAAAUUUAGAAGUUAAAGGAGCGGAGAAGGUGGUUGAAGCUUGUUCACUGACACCUUCUGUAAGAAGACUGGUAUUUACAUCUUCAUUGGCUGCCUGCAUCUGGCACAGUCAAGGGACUGCCCCUUCUUUUGUGGUGGAUGAGAAUUGCUGGAGUGAUCCAUAUCUGUGCAGGGAAAAAAAGUUGUGGUUUGCACUGGCAAAGACAAUGGCAGAGAAAGCGGCGUGGAAAGUGGCGGGAGAAAGAGGAGGUGUGAACAUGGUGACCAUAUGCCCUGCCUUCCUCACCGGCCCUGCCUUUUCUUCUUCCAAUUCCUCAUCCCCCAUUGCUUACCUCAAAGGUGGCAGAGAAAUGUAUGAAAAUGGUGUUCUAGCAACAGCAGAAGUAAGCAGGGCAGCAGAAGCCCAUGUCUGUGUAUACCAACAGAUGGGUGGAGGAGGGGCAAGUGGAAGAUAUGUUUGUUUCCAUUCUCUCAUAAAUUCUCAAUCGGAUGCCCUAGAUUUGGAAAAGACAAUGAAAAUGCAAAUGGGUUUUUCUUUCUUAUCUGAUAGAGACGAUUACAGAGGAUGUCUGGUACGAGCAGGCAAAGUAGCGAGUGCGAAACUGACAAGAACUAUUGCGACAUCUGUCAAUUUCAAUUCAUGCCUCUCUUGAAAUUGUCUAAGCCCUCAUCUUUCAACAUACUGUAGCAGUAACGAGUUUGAUGGAUUCGCUAUUUGUUAUCCACACGGGUUCGAAUCCCCUGAUUUCUCACUCUUGUCAAAAUCUUGUGGCCAUUGUAAUUACAACGGAAUAAGAGCCACGAAAGCAUAGUAACCCCAUACACUUUUAAAUGGUGAUAAAUUGUGCAUUCCUUUUA